UCAAACAAACAUAGUCGCAAGGGCAAUAUCAAAAGACUUUCUCUAUGGAUACAUUUGAAUCUCAGCAAGGAUAUAAAUUUCAAGUCAUGACUGAUCAUGAGAAGAGUACAAAGUAAACGCUACGCUGUCGCUUAGUGGAGGAAAUUUGCUAACCGAUUUCAAGAAUACAUCCUGGUUGAAUGUUGAAAUGCAGUCUGACCCGAAAAAGGAUUUUGAGAAAAUGAAGAUUCUUAUUCUGCUAACGUUAAGCCAGUUUGGAUUGUGCCAAGACAGUAUAGGAGCUAUCGUUGACAUUCUAAAGCCAAAUCAAGGGUUGAGAGACUGUACUCUCCCCAGGGAGUUCACAGUGCGUGUAAGGACACACAAUGACUCCGUCACUCUUCAGUUGGAGACCAGCACGUCAGUGAAGAAAACAACCCCCAUAUAUGUAUCUAGACAGGAUGAGAAGGGGAACCCAAUCAUCGUCAGAGAUACAGUGUUGGAGAUGGAGGGAACAGCCGAAUACCAGGAUGUGAUUCACAUGGCUAACAUCGAGGUUACCUGCGUUAUUAAGGAGGAGAACCAACCGUAUUAUGCAUUUGAAGGAUUUCUCUUGCUCAAUGGACCAAGUAUGUAUGAGCUGAAGCCGACAGGAACAGAAUCAGCUUCCAGUGAUAUCAAAUACACACUUACUUCUUCCCCAGUACACAUUCGACCAAUAGAUAAUGAUGAUGAUGGCGAGAAGGGUCAGUCAGGAAGUGACAUUGAGAUGAUGGCAUCAGAAUCCUUGAGGAAGAAGCGCCAGAUUCAGGAGCCAAUCUACGUGGACGUUAUUACGGUGAUAGCGUUCUCUGUUUAUGAAAGAUGGUAUUCCAGAGCAACCCAGCUGUCCGAAGCCUUGAAGCACCAGGAGACAAAACAAGGCAUCAAAAGACACUUUGCACAUCUUGUAAACGGGGUAGAUCUCCGUUAUAAGAAGGCGUCCCCUCUGUACAACAUAAACCUGGUAGGAUAUAUCAUUGAGGAUGUGCAGUUACCACGACCGUUCCAAAGUGCUGUAGUUAAUGAAACGAAGAUAGAUGGUGAUAAACUUCUCAGUGGCACAAGGCAAUGGAAGGCUGACACACCAGGAUUCCCUGACAAUGACCACAUUAUUGUGUUCACAGCGAACGAUCUGUUCAUUGUGGCGAAAACCGGACAGACGAGAAACCUGCUUGGAUAUGCAUAUGUAGGAACAAUAUGUGAAACACCAAAUUACAGUGUGUCAGCUGUGGAAUACACUGACAACCUGGUUGACGACAUGCUCGUCACAACACAUGAAGUCGGACAUGCGCUCAGCGCCUGGCAUGACGGGGAAUACAACAACGCGUGUAACUCUACACACGAGUACAUCAUGACCGGCAGCGGGUACAGCACGACCCAUGUUCUUGACCACAACAACUACUACGUCUUUUCUACAUGCUCGUCACGCUACUUUCAAACCUUCAUCCAAGGAAUCCUGACAAACGGUACAAAUGCCCAACAGCAAUGCCUACAGACGAGUCUCGAGCCGGCUUCUGUGACAAACAUCACGGGGACGAUGCCGGGACAGCUCUACGACGUUCACACGCAGUGUCAAAUGAUGUUUGGGCCAGGCUUCGUCUUGCGAUCAGAUAUCGACAUAGGUAAUUCAGAAAACAUAUGCAAGAGAAUGGUCUGUGGCAAGGAACAGCUUAAGUCGUCCCGAAACGCUGCAGACGGAACGCCAUGUGGCGAUAAAAAGUGGUGUGUUGCUGGACACUGUGUGUUUUCCAUAGAUGCACCAGAACAAAACAAUACUGACUGUCUCUUUGGGAACCAGCCAAUCGUGUACCCGGGCAAUAGAACAUGUGCUGAGCUGAUAAGUGCAACACCACGUUUGUGCUACAAUCCUGGUUAUUUGACGGCCUGCUGUGAGACCUGUCCUAUCUACAAGAGAAAUGACGAAAACUGUCCAUAUGGAGAUCGAUAUAGAAACUGUGACACAUUAACUCAGGACACGAAAGGUUUAUGCUACAGUGAAGGAACUGCCCGGGGUUGUUGUGAAACAUGCCCACUUUUCAAGUCGGCAGUAGCAAAUUGCACAUAUGGUGAUCGUUUCUCUGACUGUGACACUGUUAUUACUCAGGAACAGAAACGUCUUUGUUACAUUGAAGACAAUGCCUAUGGCUGUUGUGAAACUUGCUCAGCCUAUUCGACAGGUGGUGCAAAUUGCACAUAUGGUGAUCGUUUCUCUGACUGUGACACUGCUAUUACUCAGGAACAGAAACGUCUUUGUUACAUUGAAGACAAUGCCUAUGGCUGUUGUGAAACUUGCUCAGCCUACUCGUCAGGUGGUGCCAAUUGCACGUAUGGGGAUCGUUACUCUGACUGUGACACUGUUAUUACUCAGGAACAGAAACGUCUUUGUUACAUUGAAAACAAUGCCUAUGGCUGUUGUGAGACUUGCUCAGCCUACUCAUCAGGAGGUGACUGUCCCUAUGGCGACAACACGUUGACUGGCCCAUGUGCCUAUAGCAACUGUAUCACUUCCGGUCCCGACUACAUUGGGAGGUGUUGUGACACUUGUCGCAAUUUUACGUCACAAUCUUCCACAACUACAACAACUACAACAACUACAACUGUACCAACAACCACCACAACUACACUAACAUCUACCACAAUUGCACCAAUAACUACCACUUUACCAACUACCACAAUUACACCAACUACCACUACUACACUAACAUCUACCACAACUGCAACAACAACUACACCAACUGCACCAACAGCUACGCCAUCAACAACUACAACAACUACAACUGUACCAACAACCACCACAACUACACUAACAUCUACCACAACUGAACAAAUAACUACCACUUUACCAACUACCACAAUUACAAUAACUACCACUACUACACUAACAUCUACCACAACUACACCAACAACUACCACAAUGGCACCAACAACUACUACAACGACUGCCACAGCUACACCAACAACUGUAACAACUACUACUGUACCAACAACUACCAUAACUACACUAACAUCUACUACAACUGCACCAACAACUACCACUUUACCAACUACCACUACUACACCAAUAAUUACCACAAUUACACCAAUAACUACCACAACUGCAACAACAACUACACCAACAACUACAUCAACAAUUCCUACAACAGCCCGCACAACACAAAAUUCUUCACCUCCAUCAAAACAAGCUACCAGUACAGAAAUAAUGUCCAGCACAGCUACAGUCAUAUCAGUUCCAACACUCUGGUAUGUUGCAGCAGAGAUCGUCGCAGGUUUACUUGCAGUGAUUUUCAGUGGCAGUAAAUGAUUGAAGCACCAGUAAAAUGUCGGCGGCAGCAAGUGAAUGGAAUUAAGGGUUACCAUCCCUGUUUGCAAACAUAACAUGCUUGAUCCUUCGAGACGUGGGACAGUUUCAAGGAGGAUUGCGGUUCCAUAUAUAAGAUACACAAGAGUGUGAGUUGAGGCCUUUUUCGACAUGAGGUCUGUCUCAUUUACUUCAAAACAACAUGUUCUGUAAUCACAGAAUCUCCACCAUCCAAUAUUGAUAUGAUUCAAGAAGUUAGUCAUGUUUGAAAGACAUUAUUCUGAACAUUCGUGAAUGUUUGAACAUUAAUUACAAGCCCUACUGCUGCCCCUCAUUUGACCCAUUGUAUUGCCAUGUUUGAUAGCGAACCUAAAACUGUGCGUUUCAAUAUAAUGUAUUGAUUUUUCUUUGAUUUAGUGUGGCUACUGAUUUCACAAUUUAGCUCUGUUUGUACUGAUUUCUGGUUUCCUGCUUAGUGAUUGUUUGUGGCAUCUGCUUUUUCUUGACAGUAAUGACUCCAUAUAUGUUUGAUUGCAUUUUGUUAAUUCACCCAAAGGGGCCAUGAUUUUGACUUAUGAGAGAACGACAAAAUAAAUUUCAAAGGAAAUGUUA